AUGUGGGGGAUCUGCAGAGAUGUUUUCCUGACCAUAUUAAGACGGUUCUGUCCCAGUAAAGAUCAGGCAGUUUUUAGCUCACUCGAUAAGAAGGUCUUAGUGUGUCGUCAUGGUGACAUCUGUUGAUGUUGGAUCAUGAGAAGAGAAAGUUUUAAACUCACUGGUCACACCAUAUGACACCAACAGCCUCUUUAUGUCCACAGCUGUAAGCUAAUGCUCCUGUAAUGUUCUCAGUGGUUUGCACAUUGUGUCCAGCUGAUGUUUUAUCAGCCAUAAUGAUCGCUCCAUAAAAGGAGCUCAAAGAAACGAGAAUUAGUCGAUAUGCCAAUAAAUGGUGUGUGAAUUGUGACUCCUUUAGGAUAUGAUGGGUUCUCUACUGGGAGUAGUUUCCACAAUAACAAAUGACACCAAAAUAUGAGGCCCUAAAAUCAUGGUUAAUGUUGAGAAGGAAGACAGUCAAUCAGAGGCUCGUAGGUUCAUCUGGUUUAUAACACAACAAUCACAACUCAACUCAUAAAAAAUAAGUUUAAUAUUUUUGUUCUUGCCUGCAUGUUUCCUUGUAACGGUACUUUCUUGCGUUUGUACCUUGAAAUGAGGUUUUGUAAAUUUGCCCUGACCGCACCACGUUGAAACGGCCGGUUUUAAUCCAGGGUGAACAGGUCUUAGUAGAGCUGUUGUUCCAGAGACGGUUGAGACAAUCAGCCUCUGCUCAUCCUUUUACCGUCUGCUCUCCACACAACACACUACGACCUCAUUUUGUGAUUUGGGUCCAAGUGUUUUCACAAGCUGCAUAGAAUAGUUUCACAAGAUAAGUCUACAGAGAAAACCACUCUAAGCUGGAGCUGCACUGACCUCCAUUAACACCAAAGUCCACUUUAGGAUAGAUUAUGACAGAGGCAUGUUGCACUGAUGCGAGCGCCACUCAGUCGGAUCAUAUUGAGGACAGGAAGGCCAGUUGGUUUCUGAUUCUCCUAAGGAGAUUUACUCUUUUCACCCACUUCAUCAGUUUGUCCCAAUCAUUUCUAAGUACUUUCUCAUUCUUCAUUACUGCUUCAUUCACUCCAUUUGCUCCAGUUUUCUCUGACUGAUAAAACGACUCAAACCCAACCGAUUGGUGUCAAGUCAGUUUUCAUUGGACUGUUUAUCCAAACAAUUCAUCUUCAACUAUUUAUUUCAGAAUCAGUUUCUAAUUUGGAUUCCUUUUAUUUCAAAAACUAAAACUGAUUUUGAAUGUAGAAAAUAAUGUGUGGCCCUCUUACAAUAAUAAUAUUUCCAGAAGAUUUUCAUCUUACCCGGUAAAACUCCAGCUAUCAUUUAGUAAUAGUUUUUUUUCCACAACGCCUCGUUGAGUCCGACAGACACCAAGACUCUUUGACUCCUUCUGAUGUUUUGCAACUAAAAUCAAGUCAAGUGCUUGGAGAAAUAACUGCAGGAUGAAGAACGUUUCAUACACCUUACAGGUAUUUGGUGUUUGUCCAAAAACCAGUUAGACUUAACAUGGUCUCUGAACAUAUCAAACAUAAUGGUUAGCUGAUGUUAAUAAAUUAGAGACUUAUAAAAGUUUUGUUCAGCAUCUGAGUGAAAGUGAUCACAAAGUGAUUGAGUGCAUAAAAUGUGGAGAGUUAGUAAUGCAAAAAAAUGUUUUGCAUCACCAAAAGCUAUGAAACCAUCCAAGUGAUCUGUAAGGAUGAAAAAUCCAUCUGUCUGUUUCUGUGAAGCAGUGAAUACAGACUGAACAAUGACCGUCAGCAGGAUGUUUUUUGUCUCUCGGUCUCAUUCUGUCCCCACCCAGUGUCCCUGACCUGUCCUAAUUCCAGCUGUCUGAGGGCAAGCAGAGAGUGGACAGAUGUUGUCAGCCGUCAGUGUGAUCAGCAGUGAACAGAAAGGAUUUAGUUGUUAAGUCCAUGACUAAAAAAAAGCUGUUGACUAAUGUGUCUGUGUCAUGCAAACAUUCAUCACAAACUGAUUUUCCUUCCUCCUGCUUCACUCUGAUUUUUAUUUUUUGAAUCAGCCGGGAUAUUUGUCUGUGCUCUUCAGAGAUAUUCCCACUUUUAGUUCUUCUGUGUGGAUUUCACACAUUUAACCUAAAUUUGAUUAACCUAAAGCUUUGGCUGAAAGUUUCAGAUCUUGUGAUUGCCCCACACUGAAGAUCUUCUGUCCAAACAUCAUCUGUUAAUUUUAUUUGCAAAAUUAUUAGCAUUUUGCUUUUCAUUUUUGCUUGGAAGCCCUCGUCUUAACUCAUCCAGUAAUAAACAGAGAAACCAUCAAUAGUUUGGUGACUUCAGUUACAGAUUAGUGGGGAACUAAAAAAGCAAAGUCUGACCUCGUCUGCUUUCGCUGAGAUCAGACUUUAGUUGUGCUGCUGGGCAGAUGCAGCAGACUGUUUCAUGAUUGGCUGUGUCAUUGAUAGAUGACGGUUCUGAUUACAGGAAGGAAAGCUGUUUGUCUGGUAAUCGAGGAGCGGAGCAGUUAAAGCAGCUUUGAUGCAGCUGACCUGGCGUUUGACACGGCCAGAGAAAGUAUUUAUGUGACCCAGACAUGUGGCACAGUUUCUGAAGUGGACGGUUCCGGUACAGAGGGGUCAGAAACAUGCUGCACCAACCAAACUGGUAUUUUGAGUCUUUCUAAUCUACACCAUGUUUGUAAUCUUUUAAUCUCAUCCAAUAAAGAAAGAAAAACUUUAUUUCUAGAUUUCUAUAAAUCUACAAUUGAAAGAAUAAAGCUUUAUGAGGUGCAGAAAGUAGUAAGAGAUUUUUCUGUCUUGUUCUGUAUUUUGAAAUAUAAGGAUAAUAAUUACAUUUUUUAUUCAAAUAUUUCAGCAAGAUUCUUUAAACUCCCCUCAGUGUCUUAUGUAAAUGAUGCCCUGAAUAAUUAUUCAGGAACUCACAUCCAUCCCUCCUUUUGAGAUCAGGUCACAUCAUUUCUUUCUCCCAUCUCCUCCUGGAUGAUUCCAAACUGGUCCUGGUCCUGGAAGGAGUACUCUGCUCCUUACCUGAGUCCUUCUCAGCUCUGGACUCUCCUUUCCUUUGAUUGUAUCUGAAGAGAGGCGACCAGGAGUCUGCAGACGUUGCUCACCUCGUCUCUGACGCAGUCUGACCAAUGUUUUAGGGAGGUUCAGCUCUGCUGAAAGGAUCUUAUUCAUGAUCACUGGAACUCAGACGUAUCAGGACAGAAAACAUGGAUGGAGCUGAAAGCUAAAGCUGCAUCAUUAUUCACAACACAGCAUCUCAAGGCACUUUACAGAAAAAAGUUAUCAUCAAACAGUCCAUCAAGUUCAGUUCAAUACUCAAAGUAGUUUAACAAGUUUUCUAUCUAAGACACUGGUCUCAAGCAGCAGUCCUUAAGUCCUGCGACCUUUAGAUGUCUUUCUGCUUCAGCACACUGGAGUCCAAUAUUAGCUCAUUAGCAGAGCUCUGCAGAGCGUGAUUGGAUGCUUGUGAGACAGUUUUGUGAUUUAGGUCAAGUGUGUAGGAUAAGGGACACAUCUAAAAGUUGUAGGACUCUGGCCCUGAUCUAAGGAAACCCAGCAGAUUGAUUGAGUCAUUGAUUUGCAGCAUCCGCUCCUGGACAUAGCGACAGUAGACAGACACCAGCGUUGUGUCCUUGACUUUGCAGCAGUUCCUCAUACCAAUCAUGCAUGUAGCGACAGUGGAGAGGAAAGAUUCCCCUUUAACAGGAAGAAACCUCCAGCAGAACCAAAACCGUUGAGUUUUCAGCUCAAUAAAUUUGAACAAACUGUUGUUGCUUUUAUCAAAGAUCAUAAAAGAUCCAGAUUAAAACUGUCUGUUUUGAUUCAAAUCUGCCUCUUUCUCUGAGUUUGGAGCCUUUCUAUUACAGGACUGGAUUAUUUCUGAACUUUCUGCAAUUCAAAACAUCAGAUUUUUGUUUAAAGUGGAUCAUUUGCAUUGAUUGAUCAGGAUGAAACUCGAAUUGAAUCAAGAGUCCAGCUGUGUUGUUGUUCUGAUGAUCUGCCCAUCAGAACCAGUGACGUCUCUGUUCCUCUCCUCCUCUGGAUGCUCUCUCUCUGUCUGCUGCCCUCAUUUCUCCCCUCCCACUCAUCACUUUUUAUUUCAGCCUGAUCACUUCGGCGCCACUCUCAGUGAAACCAUCAGCUGUGAGCAGACAGCUCCUCCGCUGCGCCUCUUUGCUCCACCUUUACUUUCUGUCUGCUUGUGGCCUCUGGUUUCAGCAGGACUUUGGAUCCUCCUCCAGCCCACCAUGCGGUCUCUGCUGGAGAGCAGCUGGAUGAGGUUUGGACCUGCAGGUCGGGACUCUCUGGACUGGUCCACUGUCCCAUCACCGCUGCCGUCCACCGACAGACAGGCUACGGGUCAAGGUUCAGGUGAAGCCAUCAUCAGCACCAGAUUCAUCACCUACAUCGUCAUAGGAACGGCUUCCUUCCUCGUCCUUUUGGUGAGCAUCCUUGGCUUUCUGAUCUGUCGGCGCCGGCGGGGCUUCCGUCUGGAUGGGAAGCUGGAUUUGGCCAACGUGAUCGCCCUGGAAGAUCUGCAGGACCCGGAGAGGAACUGUGAGCUGCUGUCCUCCCUGCGCCGCAGCAGGGGCCAGUUUCCCAGUAGCAGCUCUGAACAGGAUGUGUCAGAUGGGGUGUUCCUCAUGGUCUACCUGCCCUCGCCCUAUGAGCAGACCCUCACCAGGAUCGCCAGGGCAGCCAGCACAAGCAGCUCCAAGGAUGUGGAGCUGCUGCCAUCCAGUCCUGGACCAGAGACAGGAGAGUCAGAGAAAGAAGGGAUGGGAACGAAUGAUGAAGUAAUCCUGAAGGCAGAAAACAUGACUGAAUAAAUGUGAAACAAGAAAGAGGACACUAAAGGACAGAAUGCAACAAUAAAAGACAUUCAUUAUCCAGAUGAUUUCUUCUCUCUAAUGCCUCUCGGUGAGCCAGACUUCUUCAGAAAGGUCACAUGGUAGAAGAAGAGAUCACUGCUCCUGUGCAUUUAACAUAAUUUGGCUGACCAGGAUCCAGAACACACGAUCGAUCCACCGAUUCAUUUGCUGUUGACAGGGACACUGUUGCCACGGUUUCCCUAUAGAUGACCAUUUAAAAUCACACAAACAGAACUAUGAACUAGAACUUCCUCCCCAUGAAGCCGACCUGAACCCAGGAGAUAUUUACAGGUUAAAAUGCCGAAACAUCCCUCGUUCAAAAACACCAGCAGAAAAAUCCCUGCUUAUUUUACAUUACGGUUUGUAAAAAUGUAAAUCUGCGCUAAAGAGAUUCUAUUUUUUACUUUACUUGUAUAUCUGUUUUAUUAGCUGUAGCAUGGUUGUGUUUUUUACCUUUGAACUUUCCUGCUCUUGUAUUUGAACAGAACCAGCUGGAAUGAAAGUUACAGACGAAGGUGAUUAUUUGUACCCUGUCUUUGAAGACUACUAAUAAAGUAAGCUUAAAGCAUGUGGUA